UUUAGUUUUUUUUUAAUUUAUUGAUUGAUGACUAUCAUUUAAUUUUUUCCAUUUUAAUUACCAAGUUACCAAUUACCAAUUAGUAGCUAAACAAUUUAUUGUUUUGAUUCUGUUGCCAUGGCCAAUACAAUGAUGAUUGUCAACACAAUAUUCGCCAUAUUCAUUGUCAAUUCAAUGCUGACCAUUAUAAUGGGACAGGCUGCUGAACAAUGUCAAAAUUUCGGUGGCAGCGGUCUUGAUGUUUAUCCCCGAGAAGGUCGUCUUCAUUCGGGUGAAAGUUCACAUCGCCUUCAUUGGUCAAAGGCACAAAUUAUGAAACCUGCACCGUAUUGGGAAGGAACUGCCGUCGUUUCGGGUGAUCUUAAAGAGAUGAAUCUCACACAAUUUCGUGGCAAAUAUCUUGUAUUCUUUUUCUAUCCAUUAGAUUUCACGUUCGUAUGUCCAACCGAAAUAAUUGCAUUCAGUGAUCGUAUCAAAGAAUUUAAAGCCAUCAAUACCGAAGUUGUCGCAUGUUCCGUUGAUUCACCUUAUACACAUUUAGCUUGGAUAAAAACAUCUCGUAAACAAGGUGGACUUGGACAUUUAAACAUUCCAUUGCUAUCGGAUCAAACGCAUCAAAUUUCCAAAGAUUAUGGUGUCUAUGUUGAAGAUUUGGGCCACAGCCUUAGAGGACUAUUUAUUAUCGAUAAGAAUGGCAUAUUACGUCAGAUUACUAUGAAUGAUCUACCAGUUGGUCGAUCUGUUGAUGAAACAUUACGUCUGGUACAAGCAUUCCAAUAUACUGAUCAACAUGGUGAAGUAUGUCCAGCAAAUUGGAAACCUGGUUCAGAAACAAUCAUUCCUGAUCCGAAAGAAAAAUUGAUUUAUUUUGAAAAAUUCGAUGAUGCUAAAUCAGAACUUUGAACAGAAAAAAAAUUCAAUUUAUAUUUCUUUAUUUUUAUAAAUUUUAAAAUUUGCUCACAGAUCUGUUUUGUCGUAAAUAAAAUCUCAACAAUCGAUUGGACCAUGGAUUUUUCGAACUAAUA